GAGGGAGAGGGAGAGGAAAGGGGGAGGCGGGACCAAAGAGCUGGGGGCUUAAAGGCAGCCUGGAGUGAGGCCGCUCAGCUGGAGGAAAGAGACAGCUCCUGAGCCAGAGGCAGAAGCCCCACAGAGAUGGAGCAGAAGGAAGAGAAGCCCUCUGAGGAUGGGACCAUCAUCUCCCCAGGUGCAGACAACCCUGAGAUGUCAGGAGGCGGAGACCUGGCAGAAGAGACGAAAGGCACAGCUGGAAAGGUCAUCCAUGAGGGGCCUCCCACCGAGGCAGGAAAGCAGGAAAAGGCACCAGCCGAGGAUGGCAAGUCAGCAGAACUCCAGGGGGAAGCGAAUGGAUUAGAUGAGGUCAAGGUGGAAUCUCGGAGGGAGGCUGGUGGGAAAGAGGACGCUGAGGCUGAACUUAAAAAGGAGGAUGGUGAGAAAGAACAGGCCACCACAACUUCUCAGGAGAUGACUGGCAGGAAAGAAGAGACCAAAUCCGAACCCAAGGAAGCUGAGGAAAAGGAGGAGAGCACACUGGCCUCCUCCGAGAAGCAGAAGGCUGAGGAGAAAGAGGUCAGGCCGGAAUCUAAGGAGAAAGCCGAUGCCAACGACAGAGACAAGCCUGAACCUAAGGCAAUUGUUGGGGAGGAGGAGGCCAAGACGGCCUCUCAGGAGGAGAGAGGCCAGAGGGAGGAGCGCAGCACUAAACCUAAGGAGGAGGCUGUAGACAAAGAGGCCAGGGCGGAACUGCAGAAGGUGGCCGUGGUGGAGGAUGAGGCUAAGGCUGGACCCAAGGAGCCCAGUGGGAAAGAGGAGGCCAAACACGAUGCAAAAGAGGAGGCUGAUGCAAAGGCGGAGGCUGAUGCAAAAGAGGAGGCUGGUGCAAAGGCGGAGGCUGAUGCAAAAGAGGAGGCUGAUGCAAAGGCGGAGGCUGAUGCAAAAGAGGAGGCUGGUGCAAAGGCGGAGGCUGAUGCAAAGGCGGAGGCUGAUGCAAAAGAGGAGGCUGAUGCAAAGGCAGAGGCUGAUGCAAAAGAGGAGGCGGAAGAGGCCGAGCCAGGCAGUCCCAGCGAAGAGCAGGAGCAGGACGUGGAAACGGGGCCCGAGGAAGGAGCAGGGGUGACUCCCAGCUCCCCCGAGGAGUGGCCUGAGAGCCCCACGGGGGUGGGUCAUGCCCUCAGCACAGAUGGGUUGGGUCCAGACUCCAUAGCUUCUGGAGAGACCAGUCCUUCAGCCAGUGAGUCUUCACCCAGCGAUGCACCCCAGAGUCCCCCUGAGUCCCCUCCAUCAGGGGAGAAGAAGGCACCAGAGCGCAGGGUAUCAGCCCCUGCUCGGCCCCGGGGGCUACGGGCACAGAACCGCAAAGCCAUCGUGGACAAGUUUGGCGGGGCAGCGUCUGGCCCCACUGCCCUGUUCCGGAACACUAAGGCAGCUGGGGCAGCCAUUGGUGGUGUCAAGAACAUGCUCUUGGAGUGGUGCCGAGCCAUGACGAGAAAAUACGAGCACGUGGACAUCCAGAACUUCUCCUCCAGCUGGAGCAGCGGCAUGGCCUUCUGUGCCCUCAUCCACAAGUUCUUCCCUGACGCCUUUGACUACGCAGAGCUGGACCCCACAAAGCGCCGGCACAACUUCACCCUGGCCUUCUCCACAGCAGAGAAACUGGCUGAUUGUGCUCAGCUGUUGGACGUGGAUGACAUGGUGCGGUUGGCCGUGCCCGACUCCAAGUGUGUCUACACCUACAUCCAGGAACUGUACCGCAGCCUCGUGCAGAAAGGACUGGUGAAGACCAAGAAGAAAUGAGGAGGUAGCUGGCUCUGUGGGCAGAGAUGGGCAGGGCGCCUAGCUCACCAGCCGUGGCCGGGAGGCUCCCUUCUGCUCCAGGGAGGCACCAGAGCCAGGGGCUCCAGCAAGGAUGUGUGACGCUGGUUUUAACUGCAUUAAAAGUGCUUUUGUAAAACAC